GACUGACGGCUUUUAACCCGCGGGAAUCCCUCACUGGGGCCCUAUGGGAAUCCAGAGUAACUGGCUACGUGGGGAAUCACGUGACAACAAGUGUCUGACAGGAACAUAUGAACACUCAGACCGAUACACUGCGGCUAUUAUAACAAACACGGGAAAGUACUUGCCACUAGUAUGGGCGGAGCAGUCGUGUGGCUGACGUCACAGGAGCGCACCCAUUGGUUUAUGGUCAUUGCCCAACAGAGGGUAGAAAACUACAUUUCCCUGUGUGCCCCUCGUCAAUCAGUGUUUACUGCGCACGCGCAUCUUGCCCCGCCCUUCCCGUGAGGAUUAAUAGCUGAGCGCGUGGGCUGCUGGGAGGGCUGGAAGGCGCGAGUGUCCCUGGGAGUUGUAGUUCUUACUCACAGAACUGGGCGGCUUUUGUACUUAUAGCCGCGUCUCCCGGACUACAAGGGCAGUAAUGCUUUGCGGCGGCAGCGGCUGAACUACAUCUCCGGUGUUUCCAGCGACUGGAGAGCGGGCGGCUCGGGAGGGGUUGUAUCCCAAGUGGCAGAGAAUUAGGCCGGACUGGGGAGAGGCUAUUUCUGUCUGAGAGGGGCAACUGGCGGGAGGCAGGUGGGGCUGUUUAUUUGCCCCUCGGAGGGGCACUUCCAUCUGUUCAUCCCCGACCGGCUCGUGUGACCGUGUGGUGCCCCGGGGGUGUCUGCAGCCGGACAUGCUGGAAACCACCAUGGGGGAGGCGAGUCCUGAGGAUCCCCCGCUGAACCUGAAGUCCCUGUCUCAGCCCCCCCAGAAACGCUCGCGCACGGUGGAAGACUUUAAUCGCUUUUGUAGCUUUGUGCUGGCCUACGCCGGGUACAUCCCUCCCCCCGCUAAAGAGGAGCGUGCAUGGACCCCCCCAAGCUCUGUGUCUCCCCACCGAACAGAGGAAAGUGAUGGCUGGGACUCCCCUGACCCUCCUCAACUCCCAAUACCCUCUGACCCUCGUCAACCCCCGGCAUCCUCUGAUAUCAGCACCAUUGAGACUUUUGUCAUGAAAGCCAAGUCCCAGGGAGGAGGGGGGGGCAACAGCGAGAAUGUCGAGGGGCCAGUAGGCAGCGGGGAGCAGGCGCAAGUGAAAAAGGGCAGUCGAAGGAAAAGGCGGCAGCGGCACCGGGGGGGUGUGACAAUGAGUGAUACGGAUACAGACGAAGAGGAGAGGGGCGAGAGGCUGGCGGGGUCACUACCUGCCCCCCAACUGCCCCCGAGUGCAGAAAGCAGCCGAGAUGGAGGCGGGAGCUCAAGUGAUGCCGACACCCAAGUGAUGGAUGAGGAUAUUAUGGUGGAGUCAGGGGACGACUCGUGGGACCUGGUGACGUGUUACUGUGAGAAGCCGUUCGCUGGGCGGCCGAUGAUCGAGUGUAACAUUUGCUGCACGUGGGUGCACUUGUCCUGCGCAAAGAUCCGCAAGAGCAACGUCCCUGAUGUCUAUUACUGCCAGAAGUGCAGGGGGGGAAAGGGGUCAGGGGGCACAGCGCCAAAAGGGGAGCCAUGACUCCGCCCUCUGACCCCAAAUACAGAGACUGAGGGGCGCAGUGUACCCCACCCUAGAGCACCUACUUGUGGAACAUUUGUGUUGUUUAGCUCAUCACAAUGGACCAAGGCGAGAAGGGAAAGACUGUGGGGGCGGGUAAUUUAGUGGGGUGGGAGGGGCAUCCACAGAGGGGGUGUGGUGAAGUUUCCAUGUGAUCUGCCCCUGCAGAGUCCCUACUCUCCUGGGAGCAUUGCUGUGUAUGUCCUGGGGUGGGGGUGCGGCUUGUGUAAAUAAUGGACAGAAUCUUUAUUUUUUUUCUCUCUCCUGUAAUAAAUGCCGUUUGUACCCUCAAAUAAAGGUUACUUUGUGUAUAGCA